AUGUCCUUAUUAGAACUACCAAUAAAUAUUCCAGAAAUCCUAAGUCCUUAUUUACCUUUAAAGGAUGACUUAGUAAAAGAUAAGCCAUUUGUUACAUUGACAUAUGCCCAAUCUAUUGAUGCAAGAAUUGCUGCUCAGAAAGGUGAGAGAACUGUUAUUUCUCAUGAGGAAACAAAGACUAUGACCCAUUAUCUACGUUAUCACCAUGAUGGUAUUUUAGUUGGUACAGGUACUGUUUUGGCUGAUGAUCCAGGAUUAAAUUGUAAAUGGGGCAAGAAUUGUUUUGAGAAUUCACCAAAGCCAAUAAUUAUAGAUCUUAAACAAAAAUGGAAGUUUACAGGAUCAAAAUUACAUCAACUAUAUUUGAAUAAUCAAGGUAAAAAUCCAAUUGUUGUAGUCGCUAAUGAACCAAUUAAUAAAGAAGAACAUGUUGAAUAUCUUACAAUCCCUACUACAAAUGGAAAGUUUGAUUGGGGAUUGUUGUUAAAUGCUUUAAAGACUAACUUCAAUUUAAAUUCUAUUAUGGUUGAAGGCGGCGCAGUUGUUAUUAACCAAUUACUUACAGAAUCCCAUCUAAUUAAUAGUUUGAUUGUUACUAUCGGUAGUACAUAUUUAGGAAAUUUAGGUGUUCAAGUUAGCCCUCCAAGAAAAGUAUUACUGGAAAAUGUCAAUUGGUGGAGAGGAACAACGGAUGCUGUAAUGUGCGCAAACCUCAAACAACUGAAAUAA